CUUCCUUCCCCCAACUUUCAAAACCGUCAUUCUGGAGCAGAAAAAUUAAAUAAAAAGAAAAAAAAUAAUAAUAAUAAUUCCCAGAGGAAGGAACUCUCUGGGGUUGCUGUGAUCCCUUCUCUCCAGGUAAAAUUUGUUUCCCAUUCUUCUCUGUGUUUUCAGAUAAACAAUCCGAUUGUGUCUGUUCUUGCUUGGUAUGUCAUUGAUUUGGGAUUUUUCUUUUUCAAACAUUUAUUUUCUUUUUAUAUGCUCUUUGCUGCUUCCAAUUGGAAGUUAAAAAUGUUCUGUGUUCCCCAUUUAUAAGCUCAAUGGAGGAAAGAAGUUGGUGUUUCUGGACUGUUUUAAGGCCUGCAUGUUGUAGGAAUUUGAUCGAAGGUUUGAGUUCUUGAUGGAUAUCAGGAUAUGGGUUGGGGGAAAUUAGGUGAUGAUUAAUUGUUUAAAAAUGAAAAGUGAAUGCGAGAAAAGAUUAGUUUGGAAUUCGUUGAAGCAAGUGUCUUUGAAACUUUUUAAUCUUUGUUGCUCAAAUAAGGGAAUCCCAGAAAAAGUCCUGUCUAAUUAUGAGUUAUCUGCUGAUUCUUUUUUAAAGGUAUAUUCUUUUGUACAAAUGCUUCUUAGAUUUUGUGCCCGAAUGCUUGAAGUAAAUGGGAAGCCUACUUGAUUUGGGAUGUUAAGUUUUAGUUAUUUUUUUCUGAAUUGGUAAAAAUUUAUCAAUGGGGGAUCCAAGCAGGAACUAAAUUUGUAUGGUGUUAUUGUUUGAUAUCAGAUAAAACUCGGGGAGGUUUCUGUUUUUUAAAGGCCUGGAACUUCAUUGUCCCUUCUUUAUAAGUUCUCAUCUCUUUCUUUCUUUCUUUCUUUUUCGUUUUAUUUUUUAUUUUUUUUAUGUUUUUAGGGUCCUUGUUCCUGUUCAUAAGGCCCAUAAUUUGUUCCAGUUGCCAGGUUUCUGGCUGCAACCUGAGAGACUUUAUCUGAACUUGCAUGCUCUUGGUGGCAAUCAGUCAACGGACUUGACUGAUUGCCAGCAGAGCUUAUGACUACCCAAACGGCAUUGAAACCUAGUAAUUUCUUAGAAGGUGUGCAUGGCGUACAUCUGGCUCCUCAUUCACCAUUUAUGUUGGAAGAGAUGAAACAUGGGGAUCUACUGCAAUCAACCUGUGAAAGUUUCUCUUUUGGGACUCGCCAACGUCUAACUGUGCAGCGAGCAUGGCAGCAGAGACCACCUUGUCUUAGACCCAUCCAUUCCUGUGGUUCUGGUGACAAGACUGUUGUAGAGACCAUAGCCAAUGUGCUCACUUCACUUCCUUUUAUUGCUCUUGGAGUCCAGGCCCCAAGGAAAAACCUUAACUGCAAACUCUAUGCUAAUUCAUUAAUUGGAGUGGGAAUCGCCUCCAGUUUGUACCAUUGUUCUAGAGGAAAAUUGAGGAAGUAUUUGAGAUGGGCUGAUUACACGAUGAUAGCCACAGCAACAGUGUGUCUGACAAGGGCUCUUCGUAAUGAGAAUCCCAAGUUGUUGAUGGCGGCCUCUGCUGUCUUCCUGCCCAUCCAGCCUCUGAUGGUUUCUGCUGUUCAUACUGGAAUGAUGGAGGUAAUGCAUCUUCAUUGUAUGUUUGAAGUAAUAAUUUGAUCCAUGUGUUUUAGUGUUUACUUCAAUCUACGCUUCUUUUCUUUUUUUUUUUUUUGCUUUUUUAAUGUGCUCAACUGCUUAUGGCACUGACAAUAAUGUUAAAAUUUUGUUACUUGGGUUUGAAGGGCAGGGUAGCGUGAAGGAAAUAUUACCCGUAUUGUUGUCGACUUAUCUUAUAGUUCCACGUGAACUGGAGUUAUUUUUCUUCACAGUCAGCUUUUAGUGUCAUUUGUCAGGAUUGAGCAUAAGAGAAUUACUUGUACUCUUUAUGUAUGUCUGAAUGAAUCCAUGAACAAGUUCGCUCGUUUUUUGACUACAUUUCCUAUUCUUGGUUGUGUUUGCCCCCAGUGACCAAAUCUCGUUAUCUACAUUCUGGAUUUGCUGAAGGAAAAUUUCUGCUUUUCGUAUUUUCCUGAACAUUCAGGUUUCUUUUGCAAAAAGAGCAUUUGAAGAACCAGAACUAAGGAUGGCACACAAUGUGCAUAAGAUGUCAUCAAUUUUAGGUGGCGCUCUGUUCAUUGCGGAUGAUGUAUUCCCUGAGACUCCCUUUCUUCAUGCCGGUUGGCACUUAGCUGCUGCAAUUGGUGUCAGCACUUGCAACAAGCUCCUAGAGUGACUCCAAAUCACCUACAUUAAUUUGUCGAAAAUGCUGCAAUUCCUCAUAUAUAUGUGUGCGCCAAGAGAGCUCAUUUACCGGUGAGCCAGCUCCAUUAUUCAACCCACAUUGGGUUUCCCUUCAUUCUGUUCAGCUUAUCUGUAAGAUAUGUAUUAGAUCAGAAUCAGAUAAGAGUUAGAUAAGGCAUUCAUGGCCUCUGUGUUAGGCACUGUAUUGUAAACCAACGGCAAUUGUCGUUGCCAUGUACUAUAUAUAUAUCUAUAAGGGGCAAAGUGCCAAGGACAGCCCCCCUCAUUUGAUUUUCCGAACUCUAGUUUAUUCUUCCGUUUAUAAAAUCAGCUUUAUUUAUUUAAGCUAUGAUAAGUUCAACAAAGCGGACUAUUAAUGUGAAGCAGACGGAGAAAUGCUACUCGAAACGCGGUACUUCCCCAUGGGGCCAUUCAGACGGCAGAAAGUCAAGAAGGAAGGAGGGGG